GCGGGCCGCCCGCUCGUCCUCCUCCGCCCUGCCCGGCUCAACCCCGGGCUCAACCCUCCGGCUACGUCACCAGCAAUCGCCUGCCUGUUUCUCCUCCGCCUGGGCGAAGCUGGAGCCGGGCAGGGGAGCCGGGCAGAGGCGCUUCGGUGGGGGCACCCCCUGCCCUUCGGUUUCCCCUUCCUUCCAGCACCGUAGGAGGGGCGCGCGUUUGUUCCAGGGAGGCCGGGCGGAGCUGGAGGGGGAGGAGGGGUCACAGGAACGGAAUCGGUUGGACUCAAGUCCGCAGGAGCUGCCGAGCCUCGGAUGGUGGGAGAAGAUGGCGCAUCUCUACCAAUUUCUGCUGAUCCCCACUCGCCUGACCCUUAAAGCCUCUACAGUCUUGUACCGACUGGGUGCCUGUGGUGUUGCUUGCCUCGCUGCGGUCUUCUACUCUUCGUGGGUGCUCUAUUUGGUACUGAGAAAGGGGCCCCGUGCGGUCUUCAGUAAAAAGAGGCGUGAUGCGCCACCGAGCUGCCUCACUGACACAUCCUGUGGGGAGCACCGAUAUUUGAUACUUAGGAACUCAGGGCUGAGGCUCCACUACGUUAUAGCUGGCCGGGAAGGGGCACAGUUGAUGCUUUUCUUGCAUGGAUUCCCCCAGAAUUGGUUUGCCUGGCGCCAUCAGUUGAAGGAGUUUAGGCGGGCAUUUAAGGUGGUGGCAGUCGAUUUGCGAGGCUACGGCUUCUCGGACAUGCCAGCUGGCUCCGAGCACUAUCAAAGAGAUUGUUUACUGGAGGAUAUACACGGGAUCAUCGAGGCACUAGGCGCUGACGAGAAGAAUGCAUUUACAAAGUGCAUCUUGGUAGGGCAUGACUGGGGCGCAACCAUUGCUUGGGAGUUUGCUGCCAGUUACCCCGAUAUGGUGGAGAAGUUGAUUAUCCUGAAUGGUGUUCAGUUCCAUGUCUUCUCAGAAUAUCUUGCACAACAUCCCCGCCAGAUGCUGAGGUCCAGCUACAUGUUCCUGUUCCAGAUUCCCAAACUGCCUGAGUUCCUGUGGUCCUGUGACGAUUUCCAUACUUUAAAGUAUACGAUGAUGAGCAAGUAUGGAGGAAUUCAGAACCCAGCACGCUAUCUGACAGAGGAGGAGAUGGAUGCAUAUAUCUAUGGAUUCUCAGAGCUUGGGGGUUUAACUCCACCUAUGAAUUACUACAGGAACAAGUUCAGCUGGGUUCCUGCAAAGCGCAAGGAUAUACUGGUGGACACCCUGCUGAUCUGGGGAGAGAAAGAUGCAUACCUGGAAAAAGCGCUUCUUCCACUUGCACAGCAGUAUGUACGGAAGAGCAUCCAGGUGGUUUGCAUCCCUGAAGCCGGCCACUGGGUUAGUGAGGACCAACCUGAAAAAGUAAAUCAGCUGAUGUGGGAUUUCCUCCGUGAGAGAGAAUGAGAAUAAGGAGGAGUUAACUGCUUGGUACACAGAAAGAACCCCUGCUUCUCCGCUCAUGUUCUUUGAAAUGUUCCUGCACCGUACUGGUUCUUGAAUCCAGUGGAACUAAUUGGAUUUCUUCAGGGUUUCCUGGGGACAGGACCACAAGGAUGCUAUGCACCACAACAGGUGGCUUAGCUCUGUACGGUGCGCCUAUAAUACCUGUGGAAGAAGAAGACUUUCCUUUCAUAUUUCUCUGGUUCUGUGUGCCCUGACAUGGGCAUUUCCCAGACCGCAGCCGUCUUUCACGUUUUCGUCAAUAUUCUGGCGGCUCCAACGAUCGCGCUGUCAGUGUGAUCGGUUCACACCGACAUUUCCCCCUCAGUCUUUCCCUGUCGGUCUUUCUGUCCCUUCAGAUUCAUAACUGAGGGUGACUGCUUGUUUCAGCACAGGCGCCUUCCAGCACUGAAAUGUUUCACCUCAGGCAUUCCGAUUAAAACAACAACAAUCACCCAAGCCCACCCUUUCUGCUGGGGUUCGGGUAGCAGUCCUCAAGGCAGGGGGGAAAUAUUAAGAUUUUCCAGGAAGAGGCUUUCUUGCGCAUUCAUUUUGCAAUGAAAAUAAAAAGUAUGGGAGAAACCAGUUUAAAAAGGAACAGGGGGGAACGAACGAAUGAGUGAAUGACCCGGUGAUUUAUGUCCCAC